AUGAAACCUUCGUUUGUGUGUGAUCCUGCAGUGUUGGAAUAUGUUCGUCAAAUAUGUGUUAGAGAAACGAAAGAACAGAUUGAUUUGAGAGAGGAAACUCGUGAAAAGAUGGGAAGCCGAUAUGUCAUGGUCAGUGCUCCAGAACAAAUGCAACUCUUGCAAAUCCUUCUCAAACUCAUCGGAGCCAAGAAUAUUUUGGAAAUUGGAUGUUUCACAGGUUAUGGUUCUUUAUGUUUUGCAUUGGCCACUCAAGACACGGGAGCAAAAAUUACAACUUUGGAUGUGAGUGAAGAAUUUGUUCAAAUUGGAAGAAAAUAUUGGAAACAAGCUGGAGUGGAGGAUCGAAUUGAGGUAGUGAUUCAACCAGCUUUGGAAUCUUUGGAGGAAUUGAAGAAGGAAAAGAAGGAAUUUGAUUUUAUUUAUGUGGAUGCUGACAAGUUUGUGAUUGACAAUACUUUGAGACAUGGAAAUGUGAUUAAUGAACAAGAUCAGUCUGAAGACAUCCUAGCAAUUCGUCAAACCAAUAACAUGUGUCGAGACGAUCAACGGUGGGACGUGGCCAUGGAAACUAUUGCUGACGGUGUUACUUUCCUCAGAAAGAAGUAA